CAAUUCCCAUCUCCAACCAACUCGCCAUCUUUCUUCUCCUUCUCCUCUUCCCCCCUUUGGCUUCGCUUGAUCGUGAACAGGGAAGAAGCGAUCUCCUCUUCCUCUUCCUCAGUAAGAUGGGUCUCCCCACGCUUUCAGACUCCGUGGCCUCCCCGAACCUCCAGAUCUGGAACAACGCCGCCUUCGACGAUGGCUCUGCGUCGAAGGCGACGUCGUCCCAUCCUCCUCCUGUCCGAUCGGUCUCCACCAAUCCCUGCGGAUCAUCGCUCGACCUCGAUCCCUCCAAGGAGAACCGGAGCCCGGACUCCGCCAAGCCUCUCGCGGCGCACAAGAAGCCGGCGGCGAGAGUGGCAUUCAGGGAGGACGACAAGAGCAUCGACGAAGAGAUCGAGAAGAUCGAGGGGGAGAUCGCGGGGCUGCAGUCGAGGCUGGAGGCGCUUCGUGUCAAGAAGGCGGAGAAUAGCUCGACGGCGGCCGAGGCCGUCGGGCGGAUGCGCGGGAGGAUCGUGCCCGCUAAGUUCAUGGACCUGAAACAGGGAACUCCGCCCAUGCCCGCGUCGAAGAGAAUGGAGCCGUCUCCGGUGGCGAGCGCCGGGCUUCGUCGCAGAGGGUUGAGCCUGGGACCGUUGGAGAUCCUGGCCACCCCCGCGAAGUCUCUCGACCCGAAACGGACCGCGGCGAAGAAUCUCUGGCCCUCGGCCUUGAAGAAGAAGACCCAAGAGUCUCCGGCGCCAAGUGCGAAGGUCGAUCGUCGAGGCCUCAGUCUCGGACCAUUGGAGAUCCACGAGAGUUUCACACUGGAUCAACCGCAUAAGGCUAGUGGAACCCCUCUUAGAUCGGUUCAGAGUUGCAAGAAGCCGAGCUCUCAGAAGCUCCAAGACAGCAAAGAAGUGAAAGGGGCGACAAAAGAAAGGGGGAAGAGCUUGACCCCUAAACCUCGGCCACCGGCCACAGCAGCCAAAAAGACGGCAUCCGAUGCGAAGAAGGCGGCAGGGACUCCAGCCACCGUCAGGCUCCGGCAGAGGAGUGUCAGUCUUGGGCCUGCCGAGAUAGCCAGCAACGCCCGCUCUUGUAGGCCGAACAAUCCCCACCAAGACGGGGAGAAAACCACGAAGACGGAUAAGCUACCGAGACACGGUUCGAGCAUGAGCCCUAAAUCUCGACAGCCAUCAACCACGGCAGCUAAGAAGCCAGCAAAGGAGGACCAGACUUUGGGCGGUGUGAGACCCAAAGCGCUCUUCCAGGAGAACAGCAGCACAAGUUCUUGUAAAAGGCCAUCAAAGACUGCUAAAGUGAGAGUUGUCCCCAGCCGUUAUAGUUUGGCGAGCACUCGGACCGUCGGUGAUGAGCCCGGAUGCAAGCGCCGCAAGUGGUCAUUGCCUGAAUUAGGCAAGGAGAAGACUAGAGGUCCGCGGAGAAGAUCGUCUGGGCCUGCACUGGACUGUAAGAGAAGCCAAGGAUCAGAUCUAUCAGAGGAUCAAGUGAUGAUGGAUUCAAAGAUCCCGGAUAAUUUGGAUGCAGAGGUGAGCUGCCCAUCAUUGGUUCAAGAAUCCCCUCCAUCCGUCAUGAAGAUCGCUGAGACACUACCAAAGAUCAAAACUUUGAGAUGCAACACCGAGAGCCCUCGUGAUUCUGGAUGCGUAAAGAGAGCCGUUGAACUGGUUGGGAGGAAGUCAUAUUUUGCUGUGGCAGAGGGCGAGGAACUGAGUUCGCCUUGCGAGGCACUGAACUUUCACGAGCAUAUGUAGUGCAGGUACGAUCAUCAUCUUUCGGCUUGUAAAAGAUAUAAUCGGUAAGUCCUUUCGGAAUAAGUCUUAGUCUUCCUCUCUGCUGACGGUUUCAGCUUGUAAAAGAUCAUUUUCAAGCUGUCAUUUGUCUGUUCACGCCCUAAGACACAAGUCAUAUAUGAAUUGUAGUGUCUGCCACUUCAUGUAUAUCAAAGUAUAGUUUCGGGAACUUGCAUUUUGUGAA